AUGGCCAAGGCGACUCCUGUUAAGGUGUCUGUGACAUUUGAUGAUGUGGCUGUGUAUUUCUCAAAGAAUGAGUGGAAGAAACUGGAAUGGUCCCAGAAAGAACUUUAUAAGCAUGUCAUGAGGACUAAUUAUGAAACUUUGAUCUCUUUGGAUUAUACUAUUCCCAAACCAGUCUUGAUAUCCCAUAUUGAAGAAGGAAAGGAGCCAAUCUUCAAGAAUCUGCGAAACUUGCAGACAAGUGUGAGACCAAUCCAAUCUGGCGCUGAUGAGCUACGUAACUCUGACAGCACUGAGGAACAGCAAUCUGGAGAUGAUGGGCUAUGCAGCUCCAAUAGCAUUGGGGAACAGCAGUCUGUCUCUGGAAACCAGGGAGUUAUGCAGCUAAAAGCAAAGGAAUGCAAUUUUGGUGGUCCUCGAAACCAAGACUUAUCUGGAUCAUCAUCAGCUAAACAGGGAAAUGUUUUCUGCAGGCCUAACCGAAGAAACACCUUGAGAAACCUCUCCUCCCAAAACAGAGAGCCUUCAGUUCCAGAAGCUAAUAGCACUAAGGGAUCCACUGAGAGGGUAGAAGAGGAACAUCUGGGGACCGUCAGUUGUCAGGAAGCCCCCAAUGGGCAUAGAUUCUAUCCCUGCCAUGUGUGUGGGAAAAGCUUCCAGUUCAAAGGUCACUUGGUAAAACACCAAAGGAGCCACUCAGACAACCAAUGCCAAUGCCCAAAGUGCAAGAAGAAAUUCAGCAGGCAAUCUGACCAGAGACAGAAAGGAAAGAACAAAAAAAAGAGAAGGUACAGAAAAAGAAUCUAUGAGUGCAGUGAGUGUGGCAAGAGCUAUGGCUUGAAGAAGAACCUGAAUGCCCAUCAGCGUAAGCACAGUGGGGAGGAUUUCCUUCAGGAAUCUGAAAAGAAUAAGAACUUCACCCACAAGGUCAACCUAAAGAGGCCUGAGCGCAUACGCAGCAGGAGGAAUGUCUUCACUUGUAGGGAGUGUGGGAAAAGCUUCUGCCAGGAGUCUUACCUGCGAACCCAUCUAAGCCUGCAUAAGGAGGAAAAGCUGUUCGUCUGUGGUGAGUGUAACAAGUGCUUUUCUUAUCAGUACAAGUUUAUUGAACACAUCAGAGUUCAUACUGGGGAGAAGCCCUUCCAGUGUACCAAAUGUGGAAAGAGCUUCCGCCUGAAGGUCAAUCUGAAGAUCCACACGAGCCUGCAUAAUGGGGUCAAUCCUUACCGUUGUAGUGAGUGUAAAAAGACCUUUGCUCACAAAUCAAGCCUCGUUAAACAUGUGAGAAGACUUCAUAGACUGGAUAGGCCUUUUAAGUGUCCCGAGUGUGACAAGACCUUCAAAAGGAAGACCACCAUGAGACUCCAUUAUGGUUUACACAAAGGGGAAAGACCAUUCCCUUGCACAAAAUGUGACAAAUGCUUCAGCCAACAAAUUAAACUCACUGAACACAUGAGAGUCCACACUGGGGAGAAACCUUACCGGUGUCCUGAAUGCGGUAAAAAAUUUCGCCUGAGGAGAAGUAUGAUUGCCCAUCAUAGUGAACACAGUGGGAUGAAGUCCUUCAUCUGUGGGGAGUGUGGCAAAAGAUUCCUUAUGCAGUACAUGCUCACUGAACACUUCAGGGUCCACAGUGGGGAGAAGCCCUUCCAGUGUGGUGAAUGUGGUAAGAAUUUUACCCGUAGAACCAACUUGAAUGCCCACAUGCGUAUUCAUACUGGAGAAAAGCCAUUCUCCUGUAGCCAGUGUGGCAAAUGUUUUCCUCAUCAUUCUAAGCUUGCUCAACACCUUCAAGUGCACAACAAGGGAAAAACCUUCCAGUGUCCUGAAUGUGACAAAAGCUUUCGCCAGAAUAGAAGUCUAAAGGCCCACAUGAGCCACCACAGUGGGGAGAAGCCUUUUACUUGUAAAGAGUGUGGCAAAAGCUUUGCCUUGCAGCAUGUCUUCAAUGAACACAUCAGGGUUCACAGUGGGGAAAAGCCCUUCCAGUGUCCUGAAUGUAGCAAGUGCUUCUAUAGGAAGGCUACCAUGAAGGUCCAUCAGAACAGACAUAAGCAGAAAAAGUCAUACCCAUGCCCCAAAUGUGAAAAGUGUUUUUCCCAGCGUUGUGAACUCACUGAACAUGCUAAAUCUCACCAAAAAAAGGAGGCCUUCCAGUGUUCUGAGUGUGACAAGAGCUUCUCUCAGGAAAAAUCUCUGAAGGUUCAUGAGAGUCUGCACAAAGGGGAGAAUACACUUUCCUGUGAUGAAUGCGGUAAGAAUUUCACCCGGAAGUGUGAGCUGAGUAGACACAUCAAGAUCCACACUAGGAAGAAAUCCUUCCCAUGUCCUGACUGUAAAAAGAUCUUUGUCCAUAAGUCAUCUUUGAGGGCACACCACCACAUACAUAAGAAGGAAAGACCAUUCUUAUGUUCUGAUUGUGGCAAGAGCUUUGCUUAUGUGGGUGCAUUCAAUACCCAUACUGCAGCCCAUGCGAAGGAGAAAGCCAAGAGUUCCAGGUCAGAGAAGAAUUCCAGAUCAGAGAAGAGUUCUAGAUCAGAGAAGAGUUCCAGAGAAGAGAUUCCCACCACCCCGGCCGCAGUUGGAUCUUUGGCCCCGGACUCCUCCGACACGCCUUUAUUCCUCCACGCUGGAGGGGGAGCUGUGUCAGGAUCCCCGCUAAGUGGCAGCGUCCCAGGCUGCUGCGGAGCUGGAGUCCCAGGAUGCACCGCGUGUACCCGGCAACUGCUGCGGGUUACAAGGGGAUAUCAGCUGGGGCCGGGGCCCGGGCCGGGCCGCUGGUGCUCAGGCGCCGGGGGCAGCCCAGCUCGGGGCCGGCCCUCCGGGGGCUCAGAGCGGCCCGGGACGAGCUCGGCUCGCCCGUUCCUGCCCCUGGCUCCGCGUCCUCCGCUCUACGGCCCUUUCCCCGGCCGGACAUCCUGGGCCGGGCCGCUGGCGGAGCGGGGCGGGAGGAAGGAGGAGGAAGGGCCAGAGCCUCUGCAGCCCUUCGCGCCGCAGCCUCCCCGGGGCCCAGGCUCGACACCGAGGGCCAUGGCCGCGGCGGCGCCUGCUCCGGUCCCAGUGAAGUUUGAUGAUGUGGCCAUAUAUUUCUCAGAGCAAGAAUGGAAUAUCCUGGAUGAUUGGCAGAAAGACCUUUACAAGCAUGUGAUGAGGGCCAAUUACUCAACCCUGGUUUCCUUGGACUAUACCACUCCCAAACCAGAUUUGAUAUUCCGGAUCGAACUAGGAGAAGUAUUAUUUGUUGGGAAUUGGGGAGAUUUGGAACAAGCGGAAAUAGGAGUCAGCCUGAAUGCUUAUAAGCAUUUCAACUUGAAAGUCGCUGAGAAGAAACUGUUUAGGGGGAAUCAUGGAGCUGCAAGGACAAAAAUGGAGGAAGGUGAUUUAGAUGGUCUUCAAAGUCAGGGUUCAGAGGAAAGAAAAGAGAUUUCCUCCAAAUCUUGUCAAAAAACCACUGUGGAAUGUCUGUGCAUCCAAGGCAUGCAGACUCCAAUUCCGAAAUUAGAGGACUCUACCCAGAGUGGCAGAUAUGAGAGUCACAAAACCUUCAGCUCACCUAAUCACCAGGAAUCUCCCUUAGGGCAAAAGAUUUGCUCUUACCCUGUCUUUGGGAAAAACUUCCAGGCAAAAGGGCAUCUAGUGAAGCAUCAUGGCAACCACACAAAGAACAAUCCAUGCACAUGCUCAAAAUGCAAGGAAAAAGUUAGAAAGCAGGCUACCUUACAUUUGCAUUAUGGGAAGAAGUGCUUCCAGUCUAGCGAAUGUGAGAAGAACUUUAGUUAUAGUGUGAACCGGCAUUAUCGUCAGUUCAUACCUGUAGGGAAAAAACUAUUCCAGUGUUCUGAAUGUGAUAGAAGCUUUCGAUGGGAGGCUGGUUUGAAAUCCCACCAGAGCUUGCACAGUGGAAAUGGACAGUUUUCCUGCAAUACAUGUGGCAAGGUUUUCAUUCGGAAAGCUAGGUUUAUCACCCAUAUUAAAUUACACACAAGUGAGAAUCCUUUCCAUUGCCCAGUGUGUGGCAAGAGGUUCUUUAAGAGGAAGUACCUCCUCAGACACCAGCAGCUACAUUCGGGAAAGAGGCCCUUCCAGUGCCCUGAGUGUGGUAAGACCUUCUGUCGAAAAUCCUACAUGAAGGCCCACCAGCGCUUACACAGCACAGAGAGGCCAUUUGCCUGCACACAGUGUGAAAAGGAUUUCACUCACCAGUAUAAACUCACUGAACAUAUGAGGGUACAUAGUGGAGAAAAGCCUUUCCAGUGCCCUGAGUGUGAUAAGAGUUUCAGUCGAAAGUCCCACAUGAAGGCCCAUCGACGUUUACACAGUAGGGACUGGCCCUUCUCCUGUAGAGAGUGUGGCAAAGGCUUCACCCAGCGGUAUAGACUUACCAGACAUAUGAGGGUGCACAGUGGAGAGAAGCCUUUCCAGUGCACUGAAUGUGGCAAGAGUUUCCGACAGAAGGCAAGCCUUCUUCAUCACCAGCUUAUGCAUAUGGGAGACAUAGCCUUUCUCUUCAAGUGCCCAGAGUGCAAUAAGAGCUUCCACCAGAAGAAAAGUCUGCUCAACCAUCAACUCAUGCACACAGGUGAGAGACCCUUUCAGUGCCCCAAGUGUGAUAAGAGAUUCCGCCUCAAGGGCAACAUGAAGGCCCACCAGCGCCUACACAGUGGGAUCAGACCAUUCUCCUGUGGAGUGUGUGGCAAGGGCUUCACUCAUAAAUCUAAGCUGACUAGCCACACCAAGGUACAUACUGAGGAGAAGCCCUUUCAGUGUCCUCAGUGUAAUAAGAGCUUCUGCCACAAGAGGAGCCUAAUUAAUCACCAGUUGGUACACACAGGGGAGAGACCCUACCAUUGCCCUGAAUGUAACAAAAGCUUCUCUUCUAAGGCCUAUGUGAAGGCCCACCAGCGAAUCCAUAAGGGAGAGAAGCCAUUUUCCUGUAGCGAGUGUGGCAAGAACUUCACCAAUCAGUUUAGGCUCACAGAGCACAUCCGGGUGCACACUGGGGAAAAACCAUUCCAGUGCCCAGAGUGUGACAAGAGCUUCCGUCAGAAGAGAAGCCUUAUCAACCAUCAGCUUGUUCAUACAGGUGAGAGACCCUUCCAGUGCCCUGAGUGUAAUAAAAGCUUCCGUUGGAAGGCUGGAAUGAAGGCCCACCAGCGUCUCCACAGGGGUGAGAGGCCAUUUCAGUGCCCUGACUGUGACAAGAGUUUCUCUUUGAAGGCCUAUCUGAAGGCCCACCAGCGAAUACAUAAGAGGGAAAAGCCAUUUUCCUGUAGUGAGUGUGGCAAGAACUUUGCUGAUCAGUUUAGGCUCACAGAGCACAUCCGAGUGCACACUGGGGAAAAACCCUUCCAGUGCCCUGAAUGUGACAAGAGCUUCCGUCAGAAGAGAAGUCUGACAAACCACCAGCUCGUACACACAAGUGAAAAACCUUUUCAGUGUCCUGAGUGUAACAAGAGCUUCCGGUGGAAGGCUGGAAUGAAGGCCCAUCAACGUCUGCACAAGGGGGAAAGGGUGUUUUCCUGCAGUGAAUGUGAUAAGUGUUUUUCUAAGCAGUCUAAACUUGAUGAACAUAUUCGGGUUCACAGUGGAGAUGAGCCCUCCUAGUGUUCUGAAUGUGACAAGCUUUCAUCAAAAAAAAAAAAAAAAAAGAGCCUUGAUAACCACCAGGCCCACCAGUGCCUAGCUAAUAGUGAGACACUUUUCUCCUGCAAGCAGGAGAGGCACAGGCUUCUCCUGGCAGUUUAAGCGCAUCCCGUACAUGGGUUUACCCACUAGGAUCAUGUCCUGGAGUUUCCCAAGUGAACUAGACACUGAACUUGGCAGCACUUUGGACCAAUUACAGGGUCACUGGAGCUGAGACAGAAUUGACAACAUCAAGGAUGUCCUUGAGCUUCCAGAGCGUAAAACGUCCUCUCUCCCUCCUCAAAUUUCCUAAAGCACUUUGUCUAAAUCUCUCCACUGCCUCUAUUACACUCUCCUUUGUGUAUCAUACUUAUCUAUGUGCAUGGGAUCCCAACCCUCCCCUCUAAUUGCAACCCCUCCCCGCAAAUGUAAGCAACUUGAGGGCAAGGACUUAUUUUUUAUCUUUGUAUCCCCAGCAUCUAACACAGUACCUUGCACACAGUAGGCACUUAAUAAGUGUUUUAAUUGAAUGUGGCAGAACCAUUGGCUAUCUGAUGAACUGCUGCAGCUGACAGACAAGCCUGAGAGGUGGAAGUCCAAAACUGAGGGCUUUUGUCAUGCAAAGAUGAUGGGCCACCUAGUAAACUUUGAAACUUCAUAUUGCAAUCAUGCUUCUUGUUCAUUACUGGAAAAAAUCAUUUGGUCCCAUAAUCCAAUUCCUGAUUCUUUCAUAGUACCACUGAGAAGCUUCUCCAGCAAAUAUUGAGAGCACCUUGAAACUGGAACCCCAUUGGGAAAUAAAAAACUAGCUAGGAUAGAAUCCUUCCCCUGAAGUGUGGAGAAUAGAAAUAUUAGCUGGCUGUUCUUUCUGUUACCCCUGCAUUGUACCUGACUUCUCCUCAGGCCUAUAACUCCUGUUGAAAGUAGCGGUGGACAAGCCACUUGGUGCUUAGGUUCAAAUUAAGAGGUACAGAAAGUAAUGACACUCUAAAGCUAAAGACUUAAGAAGGUGUGUUCAAAGGAUGCCUAGGAUCAGGCACUGUUUGGUGGUCUCUUGCUCUAAUGGAUACAUAGCAGGACCUGAAUUGAUACACAGUUUAAAAAGCCAUGCAUCAUCCUGGACCUAAUUUAUGAUUUUUGGGGACAACACACCCCAUAAUUUUUAAAAAAUGCAUACUAGGCAGUCAGAACCACCCUCCCGUACUCUAAGUUGACUCAAUGCCCCUGGAACAAGGGAUUGUACAAAUCUGGCUGGAUAUAAAACUACUGGCAGUGCUUUUGAGAUACAUGGCACAGUCUUGUGCCCGGUCCUUAAAGGGAGUCAGACUCAGAGAAGCUUGUGACAGGUGACACCCAUAGCUUCUCUUGGAGAGGAUCAUAUGAGCCAAGAGAAGCUAAUUCCUGUAAGUUGUAACUUACGCAGAAAAGCAACAACUUAGAACAUGAGCAUGUAUCUUCCACAGCCCCAAUCCUUGACUGCAUUAGACAACAUCUAGGAGAGAGAAUUAGCCUUUUGGGAGAGGCAUAAAUAGGUAAGGUUAUCUGUUGGCUGUUAUUGUGAUUACCUGUGUCACUGUGGACAUCAGACUAUAAAGUCCAAGGCCCUUCGCUUAAAGCCUACACUGUAUAUGUCUAGAAGCUAGAGCUAGUAGGGGUGGACCUUGAACCAUUUCAUUAUUUGCCAUUUUUUGACCCUAUCUUUAAUGCUAAUAUCUGCUGGUGGAGGCCCAGGCUUGUAUACAUAGCUUUAGCCACUAGGGUUCUUUCCAGGUAUGCUACAUAGUUCCUUUUGGGGGCUCUUAAAAACUGAUGCCCUUUUUUGUUAAUGCCACCACCAUUUACUAACAUCUCUCUCCCCCCAUAGAGCCCUGCCUCGUAACAAAAAUGGUUAAGCAAAAACAACUGUUUGGCAGUGUAUUCAGCAUUCUGAUCCCAUAGUUCCCCACCUUUACUGAGAACAAAGUGUUUUGUCAUCUGUUCUUAGGACCAAAAUUGGUCACUGUAAUCUUGAGUUGUGCCUUUUUGUGUUAUUUUCAUUUGCAUUAUUGUAGUCAUUGUGUAUAUUGUGCUAGUGUUGCUUACUUUGUUCUGUCAGUUUGUAUAAGUCUGUGUUUGUUGUCUUUUACGGUGCAACAGUAUUCCAUUACAUUCCUCUACAACAA